AUGCUUCAUCUUCGUAAACAAAUUGUCGGUCGUGUGUUACAGACACGCGCCAUUGAAUGGAAUGUCAUGUCACAGAAACUAUCGGAUCCACGUGCUCGUGCUGCUCUCGAUAGCUUGCGUGAUGUGCACGGCCAUAUUGCGGCCGAGGCUCGUGCUUACAUUAAGGAACCCGAGGCCAUCGACUUUGACUAUUAUCGCUCAGUGAUUAAGAAUAAAGAGCUGGUUGAUGCCAUGGAAUCCAACUAUAACAGCAUUUGUUUUCCGACCAUCACUCCUGAAGAGCUGGAUGCUGCUUCCAAGUCGGCUGAUUUACCAGACGAUUUACGUGUAGACGAACAGGAGACUGUUGACAAGCUCUUUACGCAAUUGAAUGAGAAAGUCGCGGAUUCCAAGGCGCGCAUUGAGGAACUAAAGGAACUUAUUUGUCUGAUGGAGGAAACCCGUACAACGCUAGCCACGACUAUGGAUGAGAUGACGGCCAUGUAUCCAGAGGUGGAGGAAGAGAUUGAUGAUGAAAUUGCCAACCUUGAGUGGGAGAAGGACACACAAUAA